UCCUUCUCCACAGUAUGAAACCAUGCAAUUGUUGGUUACGGAUUGAUACUUCUUCUGUCCGUUAAGAAUACGAUCGUUGUGGAAUGGAAACAGAAUAUUCUUAAAUAGUAUAAUCAAUGGUCGCCUCGUAGAUACUGUGUUACGAUAACUACGGAGCGUUGGGUGGGAGAUCUCAAUUGAGGGUGAACAAGUACUACUGUACAUGGGUCAGUCAAUGUACAGUAAAAGUUAUUUCGUAUGGUGGAGUGGACCAUGGAAAGUUUAUUAUUAUCUUCAAUGUUUCGUACCCAUAAUACCCUGUUCUUAUUUUCCCCUUCUUAUCCUUCUCUUUGCCCCUAGGAUUCUCUACUCUAGUCACCUAAAUAACCAAAUGGAAUAUAAGUUGUUACAAACAAGACUUAGUCUUCAAAACCUCGGGUAGAGUGUGAACAUUCUUGUACUUCAUACCAGCGAAGAAUUUAGCUCCAUGCUUAGAUACCAAAGUGGCUCUCCAAAUUGGGUGUGAAUGUUUUAGGGAAAGGGGGAAUCCGACG